AUGGUAAUGGCUGCUGUCACUAAAGGAGUCAUGACUGACUCAAAUUCAAAUCAAACACCUUAUAUUACUGCUACAAUAUUGGUUGAGGAUGCACCAAUUCCAAUUCCAACCAAUCCCAAUUCCAAUUCUUGGCUUGGAAUUGGCGAAAUUGGUUGGAAUUGGAAUUGGAAUUGGUUGGAAUUGGUCGGAAUUGGAAUUGGAAUUGGUUGGAAUUGGUUGGAAUUGGAAUUGGAAUUGGUCGGAAUUGGUUUGGAAUUGGUCGGAAUUGGUUGGAAUUGGUCGAUAAUUGGUUAG